CCCGCUCAGCACCAUGAAAGUCCUCAGUUAUAUUUUUGUUUAUCGCCGGUUGCUCCUCAUAGUUUUCACUCCAUUGAUUUUACUGCCCCUGCCCAUCAUCCUCCACACCAAGGAAGCAGAAUGUGCCUACACACUCAUUGUUAUCGCUGUGUUUUGGCUUACAGAAGCUCUGCCUCUGUCUGUAACAGCUUUGCUACCUGGUCUAAUGUUCCCAUUGUUUGGAAUCAUGUCCUCUAAGCAGGUGGCAUCUUCUUAUUUCAAAGAUUUUCACCUACUACUAAUUGGCGUCAUCUGUUUAGCAACAUCAAUAGAAAAAUGGAAUUUGCAUAAAAGGAUUGCUCUGAAAAUGGUGCUGAUUGUGGGUGUGAACCCAGCAUGGCUGACAUUGGGGUUCAUGUGUAGUACCGCCUUCUUAUCAAUGUGGCUUAGCAACACCUCAACUGCUGCCAUGGUAAUGCCCAUCGUGGAGGCUGUGGCACAGCAGAUCAUCAGUGCUGGAGCCCAGGUCAAGGCUACUCAGAUGACUUAUUUCGGUGGAUCAACCAAUCAUGGUCUGGAAAUCGAAGAAUGUGUUGAUGGACAUGAAACAAAUGAGAAGAAAGAGAAAACAACACCAGUUUCAGGACACAACAAUGAUGCAGAGAAUAUUUCAAACAAUGUGGAGUUGGAAAAGAAUCCAGUCACAGGAAACACAUAUCCAACAAAGAAGGACCACAUGAUGUGUAAGCUUAUGUGCUUGUGCAUUACUUACUCUUCUACCAUUGGUGGGCUGACAACAAUCACUGGUACCUCCACCAACUUGAUUUUCGCUGAGCAUUUCAACGCGCGCUACCCUAAAUGUCGAUGCAUCAACUUUGGAUCGUGGUUUUUGCUUUCCUUCCCAGCUGCUGUUAUUAUUCUAUUCUUGUCCUGGAUCUGGCUUCAGUGGCUUUUCCUAGGAUUUGAUUUUAAGGAGAUGUUUAAAUGUGGAAAGACCAAGACAGAUGAACAAAAGGCUUAUGCUGAUGUGAUUAAACAAGAAUACAAAAAACUUGGGCCAAUAAGGUAUCAGGAAAUUAUCACCUUGGUCCUCUUUUUUAUAAUGGCCCUGCUGUGGUUUAGCCGAGAGCCUGGGUUUGUUACCGGUUGGUCUGAACUUUUUUCCAAGUAUUCUGGUUUUGCUACAGACUCAACCGUUGCCUUACUUAUAGGACUCCUAUUCUUUCUUAUCCCUGCUCAGAAACUGACAAAAACUACACCUACAGGAGAAAUUGUUGCUUUUGAUUACUCUCCGCUGAUUACUUGGAAAGAAUUCCAGUCAGUCAUGCCCUGGGAUAUAGCCAUUCUCGUUGGUGGAGGGUUUGCCUUGGCAGAUGGCUGUGUGGAGUCAGGACUCUCUCUGUGGAUAGGAAAUAAAUUAUCUCCUCUAGGAUCAUUACCAGAAUGGCUAAUCAUUCUGAUAUCUUCUUUGCUCGUCACAUCUUUAACAGAGGUAGCCAGCAAUGCAGCUACCAUUACUCUCCUUCUCCCAAUAUUAUCUCCAUUGGCUGAAGCCAUUCAUUUGAACCCUCUUUAUAUUUUGAUACCUUCUACUCUGUGUACUUCAUUUGCAUUCCUACUACCAGUAGCAAAUCCAUCCAAUGCUAUUGUUUUUUCAUAUGGCCAUCUAAAAGUUAUGGACAUGGUUAAAGCUGGACUUGGUGUUAAUAUUGUGGGUGUUGCUGUGGUGAUGCUUGGCACGUUCACCUGGAUGGUGCCCCUGUUUGACCUCCACACUUACCCUGCUUGGGCUCCUGUAGCUAGUAAUGGGACCACUCCAUGA